GUGCCUCUCAAACUUGAAGCGUCCGAGAAAUCUAACCACUUGUGACAUAAACAAUUCCGCUCCUGAGAUGAUGUCCCUGCAAGUUCUAUUCGCGGCAGCAGUGCUAGCACUGGGAGCACAUUCCCUUGUGGACUCAACGUUCGCCAAACUCAACGCAAGCACCACCUGCGACGACGUCUGCAAGGAGCUUGUCUUCCGCGCCUCGUCCUGGGAGGCGGAGCAGAGAGCCUCAGACUCCACCUUUUACACCGUGCCCAGCAACUACUCCAAUGAACUUAGCCCAGGAAUUGUACUGAAGCUCGAAGAGACAACAAAUCUGACAAAUUACACUGUUCCGGCCCCGCUGACUAUGUCACGGAUGCUCUACACCACCGAAGACCUCAACGGCACUGUCAUCCCAACGUCGGCCUACGUUCUGUGGCCAUCAAGCCCGCUCAAAUUGCCUUCAUCUGACCCAUCAUCGAACAUGACCCACUGGCCCCUGGUCGCAUGGGCUCAUGGCACUUCUGGAGGUCUAUCUCCCUGCGCUCCGAGCAACUACCGCAGUCUGCAAUACCACUUUCAAGUUCCUUUCACGCUGGCCCUGCAGGGCUACGUUGUCGUGGCGCCGGAUUACGCGGGGCUAGGCGUAGGGAGACUACCAAACGGCGAGGAGAUAAUGCACCCGUGGGCAGCAUGGCCGGCACACGCGAACGACAUCGCGAACGCUAUCACGGCGGCACGCAAUGCCUUUCCCCGGUUUCUCGACGCCAGUGGGCCAUUCAUCGCCAUGGGCCACUCCCAGGGUGCUGCAUCUGUAUGGUCUUUCGCAGAGCGCCAGAUCACCAAGCCUGUGCCGGGAUACAAAGGCGCUGUUGCCAUCGCCCCGCCAACAGGUAUCAUCGAGCAGGCCAGAAAAGCCCGUGCUGACCACGAAGCCAACCAAACGCAGCUCUGGACCAAUCCGUUGCUGAGCUUCCAAUUACCUCUAAUUAAGGGCGUCACCGCCGUUUACCCGUCCCUCAACCUGUCUGGCAUGACCGAGCUUGGCCGGGACAGGUGGGUCAAUGUCCAGGAGGCUGUGCAGGGCUGCUUGCCUACUAAACAGGUGUCGGGCCUCGGUGCCCCUCUGGGGGACAUGGCUUAUCGGAACUGGACUGAACAACCUGCUGUUCUCGAAUUCGAGAGGAGGACUGCGGUUGGGCGAAGGCUGUUCAAAGGUCCUAUGUUGGUCAUCUCUGGGAGCCUAGACGCAGUCACUGACAUCAACAACUUGAGGGAGACCGUCAACGAUACUUGCGAGGCUAUCGAGUUGAGUGAAUCACCGCAGAGUCUGCACUUCGCCGAGUACACUGGUUUGAACCAUUUCCCGGUCAUUCAGGCGAGCCAGAGCAAGUGGCUUGGCUGGGUCACGCAGCGGUUCUUUUCAGGCGGAGCUUCCGAGACUGGCUGCGUAGCAGAGAUCAUCGAGGGUUUCAGAGGCAAUGAUGCCAGUGCCAUUAGUUCGGUUUUCCCAAACUUCCUCCUUGAGACAGCGGGAGCUGAUGACAAGUGGAAGUAUGCCCUGUAA